AUGACGAAAGAGUAAUUGGAAUGCUAACAUGGUCAAGGUACUCUACAGUUGCUGACAGUAAAUUAUGCUCCCAACGGCCGAUGCCAGAAUUGGUAAAUAUCUGAACAGGAUCAGCGGGAUCAAACCCUCCUUUCCGUUUGAUUCUGGUUUUAAAAACAGCCUAUCAAAUCAGGAGUGCAACUAACAAUUAUUAAUCCACGCAUUUGAAGUGUUUCCUUGUAGUGGUGGUAGUAGUAGUCAAGGUAGUAACAGUAAUUGUAUCAAUAGUAAUGGUAGUAGUAUUAGUAGUAGUAGUAGUAGUGACAAAAGUGAUAAUAGUAGUAAUACUGCCUUAUCAAUAAUGGUAGUAUCAACGGUGACGAUGAUGAUGACGAUGAUGAUGAUGAUGAUGAUGAUGAUGAUGAUGAUGAUGAUGAUGAUGAUGAUGAUGAUGAGGAUGAUGAUGAUGAUGAUGAUGAUGAUGAUGAUGAUGAUGAUGAUGAUGAUGAUGAUGAUGAUGAUGAUGAUGAUGAUGAUGAUGAUGAUAUGUUACAACACACCCGAAGCAACCAAAAGCCAAAUCGAUCUCACUCUCUAUCAGGUGCGUCCUGGAUAUAG